AACAAGAGUUUUUAUUAUUAAUUUAUCUAGUUGUUCACAGCUGUUGCUCACUUUAAUUUAAAUUUAUCUUCUUUUCAUUCUCUCUCUCUAUAUAUAUGAAUGGUAUUAAGUUUCAAAUACGGUGCAAACAAUAUUAUUCAGCCAGUACUAGAGCUCUUAUAGACAUGGCCAUCUCCAAAUUGCUUCUUGCUGCUAUGGUUUUUAUUUCUCUACUUCUUGUUCAACUUGUUGAAGCUGACAAACAAGUGGUAAACACGCAUGCAACAGAAAGUUCUUACACCCCUAAAUUAGAUUGUGGAGCAGCAUGUGAGGCAAGAUGUCGUCUUGCAUCAAGACAGAAAAUGUGCAAGAGAGCAUGUGGGACUUGUUGUGCUCGUUGUAACUGUGUGCCACCUGGCACUUCUGGAAAUCAAGAACUUUGCCCUUGCUACUAUAACAUGACUACCCAUGGUGGCAGGCGCAAGUGCCCCUAAAUAUAUAUAUAUAUAGAAGAACUUUAAGAAAUAUGUAAUAAUUAAGUAAUAAAUAUUAGGCUUUACAUUUACAUAUGCGAGCUAGCUAGAUGAUGAUCACUAUUCUCGUGUAAUCUUGUCUCUGUUUGUGCACGUAUAUAUGUAGCUUUGUAGCAUUAAGGGGUAUAGUAUUAAUUAGGGGUAAGUUGCUACUACUAUCUUACUACUACUUUGUGAUAUAAAUAAGUGAUAUUUACAUGUAUAUUAGGGAAUUCAUUGCCCUGUGAUCACAUUUCUGAUGAUUGAAUACUGAAUUUGAUGACGUAGCAUUUCUAUUA